AUGAACAAGGAAUUAGAUGCUGUUAUCCCGCUAGAAUCGGACCCAGAAGUGUUCAAUACCUUCGCGCACAAUCUGGGUCUUAAGAGAGAGUACAGUUUUGUAGACAUAUACUCAAUUGAUGAUCCUGCACUGUUGGAAUUUCUAGUGAGACCCGUUAUGGCUAUCAUACUCUUGUUUCCACCCGUUGAAACCAAGGAAGCAGUGCAGACAAACAACAAAGAUAUCGAUACAUCCACUGACAAACCUAUUUGGUUGAGGCAAAAUUUCAAGAAUGCAUGUGGAUUGUAUGCACUGCUACAUAUCUUGGCCAACAAUAAACAGUUAUUAGCGGAUGAUUCAAGCUUACUGAAGUUUAUAAACGAUAUCCCGAAUUUUACUGAUACGGAUUUGAGUAAAUUUAUCAUUGAAUUUAUCAAUCAUUUCAAUGCAGAUUUUGUUCAUAAUUCUGGUUCCUCAGUAAAUCCAAAUCCAGAUGAUAUAAUUGAUUUACAUUUCAUUACUUUUAUAUCAUAUGGCGAUGAAAAUAAACUGUAUGAAUUAGAUGGCAGAUCUGCUGAAGGUAAGCCAAUUUACAUUGGACAAGGUCAUGGUAAAGAUCUCAUUGAAGAGGAACUAAUAGUCAAUAGAAUCAGGGGAUACAUGAAUAGCGUCAAAGAUGAAAAUGAUAAAUUAAAAUUCUCCCUGAUAGGUUUAAGUGUGUCUUAA